AUGCUGUCCGAAGGUCACAAUGGCGCCCCUGACGAGUUCACAAAGCUGUUUCGUUCGGUCGAACAGUGUAUCAACGACAACAACAAACUGACGCUAAAAUUUCGCUCAGCGAAAUCCUAUGCGCCUAGUGUCAAGGACGACCUCGUUGCCAUCACCGAUGACCUCCAGCGGAUAAAAGCUUCGGUUAUGGAAACGCGUGCCGCGUUUCGGCACAACCAGGCGAAGGUGGUGUCGUCGGCGAUCACCGAUUUCCGUCGACAGCUCGAGUCCAUGGACCAGAUGUGCUUUGACACAACGGUGAACCGAACGAUGCAACAAGAGCAGAUGCUUUUACUGGAUAAAAUCGACGAGCUGCGUCAGAUGAACGCGGUUAUCGGUGAUCUCAAAGUUCAAAGUGCCGCUCUUGAAGACAGUGAUUUGAUAAAGGACGCUUCAGCGCUUUCUGAGCAGGGGUUAUCCUUGUUGAACCGACUCACAUCGCAGCUGGAACAUCUCCGCGGAGUGUCUGCUAACCUAAAACACAUAUCGGAUAAGUUGUCUUACUGUAAAGGCGUGAUAAAAAGUGGUGUUUCGCGAAAUUCUGAUUCAUGGCAGUCGGCGGAGGCCGUCCUCAAAUUGUUGCUGCAUCGUGACUCUUAUUUGGACGACCUGAGGAAAGCAACGGUUACCUUUACUAGCAGAGAUGACAUGAUAGUCGAAAUUGAGCGAUGCUGUCUUUUGGCUCUUUCGAUUUGGCUGAAAAUGUGUCGACCCCUUUUCGAUAUCGAUGAACGGAAGGAGGGCCGACAGAGACCAUCAGAGGCACAACAUGAGAUCUUGAUCGAUAGUGCUUCCAUUCUCGCUGAGCAUCUAAUUCCCGUCCAAGAGUUGCGCUGUUCGGACGAAGAUAAGCUCUAUCUUUACAGGAAAUUUCUCCGAAAUGUUUACGUUUGCUGGGAGUUGUUUGUAAAAGCUGUUAAGCACGAUGCCAGUGAAACGUUCGACAGUGAACUGAUGUACAUGCAACAGUUGCUGAUCGAAACAGAGAGCAAUGUUUUGCACGGUAUCGCCACGUUGUCCAACGUACAGCCGCCUGAAGAUGCCAGCUCUGACUCAGAUCCGGACUGCAAGAUCGCAUUUAAGACUGUUCGAUCAUGUCUCCCGAAUGUCGGCCAUGACGGUGUCAAUCACAACUGCUUGUUGCAUGGCCAAGCAGCAAACAUCAUCGAGAAAGAACUGGGACUAGACUUGGUCCAAAUGCAUCGACGGUCUUUACUCCCGGAUUCGGAACUUAUCACCUGA